AUGCUUACUGUUGGAAUGGUUUUGAGAUGGAUCCUCUGCACACCUGUCCAAUUUAUUAUUGGUAAAAGGUUUUAUGUGGGAUCAUAUCACGCACUAAGGCGAAAAUCUGCAAACAUGGAUGUCUUAGUCGCACUUGGCACUAAUGCAGCUUACUUCUAUUCCGUAUACACACUAAUAAAAGCCCUAAUUUCCGAUGCAUUUGAGGGACAAGAUUUCUUUGAAACAAGCACAAUGUUAAUAUCAUUUAUUCUCUUAGGAAAAUACUUAGAGUCAAUCGCUAAAGGAAAAACAUCCGAUGCUUUAGCAAAGUUGACCGAUCUCGCUCCAGACACAGCUUGCCUUUUGACCAUGGACGAUUCCGGAAACACCAUUUUCAGAAACCGAAAUUAA